AUGACGAGAAACGCGCCUAACCAUACCGUUUGGCGAGACCGAUGGGACGUGGCCAUUCACCACCUGUUUUGGGUUGUAUGUGUUUCGGCAAUCUAUCUCGCAACCGAGUUGACAAUCUGGGGCCUGAGCUUCGUACUGGCGUCUGCGCAACUCCAGUACUUUGGGUCUAUUGUGGGCAUGAUUGUCAUCUUCUCCGUCAUGGCAGCUGCUGGCCAGGUGUGUCCGAGUUGCGGCGACUUUUACCACCGACAUAUCAAAUCAAAGGUGGACUUUAUCAACGCCCAGCUCGGGAUUGGAUUCAGCGUGCCCAUCAUUCUGCUCAACCAUGUCCUUGGCAUCCGGGACAUUGGCUACAUCAUCGCAACGUCUGCUAUUACAAACGUAGCCUCUUGGACUUUAGUCUUCUUGCUGUCCCUUUCGGGCCUAUUGCUCCUCACAACUUUGCAGUCAUACGCUUCGAAACACGUACAAGGCAAGGAAAACAAGGUAUCCGCCUUUGCUUCACGCUAUGAGGUCGGAGGGACUAUUCGGCGGGCUGCAGCCCAAUGUUACGACCGGCCGUGGCAGUAUUUGACAUCAGAUGAUUCGGUUGAAAAAACAGAGGACCGAAAAUCCUCCCGCGCUGACGUCAAAGACGGAGCGGUAGUGAACCAACCCGUUGUGGAAGCCAAAGUCCAAGAUCGGGAUAGAAACCUCUGGCAUAUCUUGAGAAGCAACGGCUACGUCAUCCUGUGCCUUGUCGGUAUUAUAGGCAUCGGUAUUCCUCUGGAGCUCGUCGUUCACGACGGCAGAGCGCUGGACGGAUUCUCCCUGUGGCUCUGCUGGCUUGUCGCCAUACGACUCCAGCGCACGCUCAAGUCGUCGAACCUCUUUGGCUCCAACGUGCGGUGCCGUCACAGCCUCGCAACCAUGGUCAACCCCGUCCUGGUAACCACCCUCCUGAUGCUUGGCUUCACCCGUAUAAGGGGCCUGCUCAAAGGCAGCCGCGGCAUCGCCAAGGUCCUCGGAGACUUCAGCAGCGGAACUCCCCUGUACACCAUCUGGACAGCCGUCGCCUCGGACUCCCUCAUGCCGGACGGCCCAACCCCAUGGUUCGGCGCAGGAGACUUCGCCCUUUCCUUGCUCGAGUGCGGCAUUGUCGCAUGGGGCUUCAAGCUGUACGAGUGCCGCAAACAGCUCUUCAGCAUGUCCGGCAUCUCCACUUUGCUCUUCUCAACCACAGCCGCCGCGGGCAACGUCUUCCUCUCCGUGAUGCUCGCCCGCGCCCUCGGGCUGCAGCCAGAGGAAUCGCUGGCCUUUGCCGCCCGAAGCGCCACCCUCGCCCUCGCCAAGCCCUCCGUCAAGGCUCUGGGGGGCAACGUGGCCCUCAACGCCACGCUCGUGGUCAGCAACGGCAUCCUGGGACAGCUAAUGUACCCCGUGCUCCUGGACAAGCUGUCCGUGCCAACGGUCCAGCCCGAGCCGCAAGACAAAGCCGGCGAGGGGAAAAUCGACGACGACGGCCCGGUUACCGUCGCAGCUGGGACUGCCAUCGGCAUCAACGGGGCCGCCAUGGGGGUAUCGUAUCUCUACGAGGUGAAGAGUCGCGCGGCACCAUACGCGGCGCUAUCCAUGACCAUGUUUGGCGUCAUGACAGUCGUGUUUACAACCUUGGAACCGUUCAAAAAUACCGCCCUGAAGCUGGCUUCAAGGUGA